CGCGUAAACAUGCGAGCAAUUUAAAAAUGGCGGACCACUCAUAUGGGGUUGUAGAUUAAAGAAGUGCUAGGGCGCAACUCGCGUGCGUGUAAAUAGGCUGUUAUUUACAUCUGCCGCCGUAUAAGGAUAUGUGUUUAUCAUUCCGGUAAGUCCUUGAUGUUUACGCCCAGCGCCAAGGACCUGUGGAAGACCUACAACUUCCCGCAGCCGACUCCGUUGUUGACGCGGAUCAAGCAGGACUGCUACGAGUACCCCGAGUGCUCGCAGCAGGACUUCUACGCGCAGCAACAACCGCCGGACAACAACAACCUACAUGGGGCACCGGCGGGGCCCGGCGACCCGGUGGCCGCACGUCGCGAGGCCAACCGGCUGCAGCAGCGGCGCCGCCUAGCCAACGAGUCUCCGGAGAAGCGGGCGGCCAGGCUGGAGGCCCAACGCAUCCAGCAGCAGCUGCGACUCGCCUCCGAGAGCCCUGAGCAGAGGGCCAACCGCCUGCUGGCCCUCAGGGAGCGCCAGAGGUACAGGCUGGCCCACGAAACCGCCGAGCAGAGGGCGGCCAGACUCACCGCCCUGCGCGAGCGUCAGCGAGUCCGCCUCGCCACCGAAACGCCGGUGCAGCGCGCCAAGCGCCUCGAGGCCCUCAGGGAGAGGCAGCGCUUCAGGUUGGCCAAUGAGACCCCUGAGGAGAGAGCAAAGCGACUCGAGGCUUUGAGGGAUAGGCAGCGCUACAGGUUGACCCAUGAGUCGCCCGAGCAGAGGGCCGGCAGACUGGCUGGCCUCUGGGAAAGGCAGAGAGCAAGGCUUGCCGUUGAAACCUCGGAGCAGAGGGCUAAGCGUCUUGAGGCUUUGAGGAUCCGGCAGCGGCAGCGAAUUGCGAAUGAGACUCCGGAACAACGUGCCAUCCGGCUGGCCGACUUGCGCCACCGCCAACGAAUCCGCCUCGCAAAUGAAACUCCGGAGAAAAGGGCAGCUCGGCUGGAGGCUCUGCGACUCAGGCAGCAGCAGCGGCUGGCCAGCGAGUCGCCGGAACAAAGGGCCGCCAGGUUGAUGGCGGCUCGGAUCCGACAGCAGCAGCGUUUGGCCACGGAAACCAAGGAGGAGCGCGCGGCCAGGUUCGCAGGCAUCAAGCGGCGGAGGCGGAUGAGUUGCAGCACCCAGGGCUCAACCUGCCCCUCCGUGUAUGUGCCCCGAAAACCACUGCCCCCACUUCUGAGGUCGCCACCCCCAGCUCCGCCUCCCACACCUUUCCACACACCGCCAUCGCCUAACCAAGCAGCAAAACAGGCGUUCAGGAGAACAGUGAAUGUGGAAGGGAGCGACUAUUGGUGGGAAAGUCACUUUCUGGUGCCGCAACAGCCUCCAGCGCAACAACAGCAGCCAGCAUUCCCGUGGGACUAUGUAUGUGAUUCUGUGUUUGCUCCGUACGUGAGACGCCAUCCGAUCGCUCCUCCACUUCCGACGCCGCCUCCACCACCCCAGAGUCCCUUCCAGCAGCAGCAACAUCAACCUCCUCAGCAGCCGCCCCCGCAGCAGCAGCAACAACCUCAGCAGCAUCCGGAGACACAGCCCAAAAUGGAAAAUCCAUGAUCGGCAACUACUAAAUAAAACGGAGCAGCCCGAAUGGAAAGUGAAUUGAAGGAAACAAUAAUGUCUCUAGUCACGCGCGGAAUAUUAAAAUAAGAGAAAAAAAAUUAUUUGUUGUUUAUACACACACAUAAUUCAUUAGGGAAUCUCGCAAGAAGUAAAAUGUGCUUACCAUCUGGACUGUAUUUACAAGGAAAAAAUUGCCAUUAUUAUGAGUAUAAUUAUAUUAUUAUACGAGUAUGAUUAUAAUAACCAAGUUACUAACUAAAGAUAACAAUGUAAAGAGUACUAAACGUAAUGGUUUAUGUUGUUAGAUAAGGUGAUGUGAUCACUCAAAUGGCCAUCAUAUCAUAUGUCUUGUAUUUUAUAGAAAUAAUAAUGUCAUAGACAGUAUAAAAUCAAAUUCUUUGAGCUUUA